CCUGAAAAGAAGUCUAGAGUCAGGCCAGGGUUAGGAUGGGGGUGGGGUACAGGGAGGCAGAGGCUUUGAAAGUCAAAUGAUAGGAAAAAGAUACUAAAAGCCCCCAAUUUUUCCCUCCCAAGAGUUCCCUUGCUCUCUUAUGAAGUCUUUAACCUGCUGGUUGCAGAGCUUGCCUGGAAGAAUUAGAGGAAUUCUUAACAGCUGGAGAGAGAAGUCCUUGCGUUCCCUGAGUCUUUUUCUUUUACUCAACUCUGGGGAAGUCACUACAUUAGAAGGAGCUUGAUGCAACGUUUUGUCCAUCCCUCUGGUAUCAGACUUAAUUGGCUCAGUCAGGAAACAAAACCGAGGCGGGUCCAGGAGGAGUCCAUGGGUGUAGUGAGCCGGCGGUGAGGGAGGGCCUUGGUCCAGUUCAUUUGUGCGGAUGGGCUGCCCUCUGGCGGCUGCCUCCGGUGCCAUCCGGCGGCGUGAAACCCUUGAGACACCCUGUCGGACCGACCGCAUUGGUCGGCAGAAGGAAUUGGCUUAGGAGUCAGGUGACUGUUGGAAAACGAAAAUUAAGUACACCCACUCCCUUCACAGGGAACAGGUGGGGUAAAAGAAAAAACCUUUCGAAUUCGAUAGGCCUGCCCCGCCCUCAACCACGCCCCGCUUACGGUCGUUUUACGACAGUGUCCGACCGAUCGCAGGCUUGCUUUCAGGCAGCGUGGUCUGACGCUUCGCUCAAUUUCCGACGGCGUAGCUUUGGUUUCUCCCCCCGGCUUUGGGGUUCGAAGGUUCGAGUCCCACGACGGGAAUGAGCCUCUUUGAUCUCUUUCGGGGAUUUUUCGGCUUUUCUAGACCUCGGAGCCACAGAGAUCCCUUUUUUGGAGGGAUGACUCGCGACGAAGAUGAAGAUGAUGAAGAGGAAGAAGCCACAUGGAGCCAGGGGAGCUCGAGGUUUGAAGGUCCCCAGCCUCCCGAGGAAUUUGGCUUUGGCUUCAGCUUCAGCCCAGGAGGAGGAAUGCGUUUCCACGAUAAUUUUGGCUUCGAUGACUUAGUACGGGAUUUCAAUAGUAUCUUCAGCGAGAUGGGGGCCUGGACCUUGCCUUCCCGUCCUCCUGGUGUGUGGAUGUCCCUGGGGGAGAACCUGUGGUUUCUGAUGGGUCGAUGGGUGAAAAAAAGGAGCCUACAGAGAGUAGUUGGGGGGUGGGAAGAGAGAAAAUGGAUGAUUUCAAGAUUUAAAAGAGCCCAAGAUCUUUCCCUCCCACCUCCAGCAUCCACCUGCCACCUUUCUGCAGAACUUCCAGGUCCUGAGAUAGAGACACCUGGUGAGAGACGGCAGGAAGGACAGACACUUCGGGACUCAAUGCUUAAGUAUCCAGAUAGUCACCAGCCCAGGAUCUUUGGUGGGGGCCUGGAGAGUGAUGCAAAAACUGAAUCCCCCAAACCAGUACCAGACUGGGAUUCCCAGAGACCUUUUCAUAGGUUUGAUGAUAUGUGGCCUGUGACCCCCAGUUCUAGAGCCAGAGAGGAUAAUGAUCUUGAUUCCCAGGUUUCCCAGGAGGGCCUUGGCCCAGUUCUGCAACCCCAGCCCAAAUCCUAUUUCAAGAGCAUCUCUGUGACCAAGAUCACUAAGCCAGAUGGGACAGUAGAGGAGCGCCGGACUGUGGUGGACAGUGAGGGCCGGAAAGAGACCACAGUAACCCAUCAAGAGGCAGGUGACAGUCCUAGAGAUGGUCCAGAAUCAGCAACACCUCCAUCCCUGGAUGAUGCCUUUUCCAUCCUGGAUUUGUUCCUAGGACGUUGGUUCCGGCCCCGGUAGCCUUGUGAACCCUCAGAGGCCUUUAGGUUCUUUCUCUCUCCCACCCUUUGCCUGCUGUCAGUGGGCUUAGUUCUUCUCCUGCCACCUCAGGGCCUUGUGUGUGUGGAACAGUGAAUUGGGGGUAUGUUAGUAUGUCACUCACCCUAAUGACCAAUAAAACCUUUAUUUAUGCUAA